AAUUGUGGAAGUUGAUGCCUAAAACUAGUGGAUCGAGUCAUCACCUUGCCCAUGUUCCUUUGAAGGAUUCUCCCUUAAGUGAUUGUGGUGGACUGUGUGGUGACUUAGAUAUUCAGAUACAACUUGAAGAAAAGGGUGUAUUUUCAGAUUUAUUUGUUGUAAAAGGCAUUCAUACCGGCCAUGAGAAUGUUUCAGUACAGUUGCUUGAGCCACCGUUAGAGGUCAUGGAUGAUACGAUUGUUCUAACUGUUGCAGAAGCUAUUUCACUAUAUCCACCAUCACCUGUUUUUGUUCUUACUAAUGCUACUCUUCGUUAUGGUCUUAAGGUUAUCCGUGGGAAUGUCCCUCAAGAGAUAACUCUUCCAUCACCACAUCAUCGAUGGUCUGUAUCAAACAGUUUAGUUGCCCGAGUGGACUCUACAAUGGGUUUCAUUCACGCCUUAACAUUGGGUGAAACGACUGUCAUUGUUGAAGAUACUAGAGUUGAUGGCCAUAGUCAAAUGUCAUCUCUUAAGGUGGUCUUUCCAGAUACCUUAUCUUUGUACAUUUCACUGUUGUCUAGUGGAGAUCCAGUAGAAGGAAUGGAACCAGUUCUGCCCAUGGCACGUUGGUAUUUGUCUCUGGAAAACGAUACCUCAUUCAACUCAAGGUUUUUUCUCGGGGUCCUUAUGCACAGGAAAUCUACAUUACAGAGAAUGAUGAUAUUGAGUUUUAUGACAACCAAUCUGGCUACUGGAAAAUUGUCCCAGUGUUAGAGCCUAUUGCAUCCAGAUACAGCAGGAUAAGUGCUAGAAUUUUGGAAGCAACUUCAGAGGGAUUGGGGAAAUUGACAGCCUCUUUAGUUUACUAUAAUGGACAUCAUGAUACUAAAGAGGUUCUCAAGGUUGUGCAAGAGGUUAUUGUUUGCGAUCAAGUAAAGUUUAGCUUGGAGAAAGUAAGUGGUGAAUCUCAAAUUGUGCUCCUUCCUUGGGCACCUGCGGUACAUCAGGAGAUGGAGCUAAAGGCUGCUGGAGGUUGUGCAAAAGCCUCAAGUGACUAUAAAUGGUUUUCGUCGGACAUUACUGUUGUUUCAGUGACUGCAUAUGGA